GCUUGUAUACAGAUGAUCGGAUCUCUACAAAGUCAAUAUGGAAACUAUAACAUUACAAUAAGAAGUCCGCAUGUUCAUGUUACUUGUGUAAACGACACCACACUGGUCGGAAGUAGUAAUGUCACGUGUAAAAAUCAUAAGUGGCAACCAGGUUUUCCUCAUUGUUUAGUGAACUGUCCACCAAUACCACCUCCAUCGAAUAUUAUUGCAGCGAAUACGUUAUCUAAUGUAAAGACAAAAGACAGAAAUCGAUCAGCCGGUUCAACUAUUUCUCUUUCAUGUGUAACAUCCGGGUAUGUUGUGGACGGCUCGUCUAGAAUAACGUGUCAAUCAGAUAGAUCUUGGAAACCAAACAUUCCGAAAUGCAGACCUAGACAGUAUCCACCAGAGAGACAAUGGAUGACGAUAUUAGCUAUAGCCGGACCAGCAGCUUUAGUAUUGGUAGUUUGUGUGAUUGUUUUAGGAAAAUUAUUGCUCAAACGAAGACUGAAGAAAUCAGAAAUACAGGACGCUAUACAUCUAUCACAGAAAACUGAAACAACGCCGUUUUAUAAAGUUUGGACAAUACGAAGGACACAAAAGAAAAUAAUUCAGGCUGUAGAUCUUUCUUCAUUAAAGAAUAAAGCAAGUAAAAUGUUUAAUACUCCGCAAGAUAAAUACUUGAAACUAGUAUUAGAAGAAGAUGGAUCAGAGAUUCAAACAACGCCCUCUAUGGUUCUAUGUCAAAAGAAAGUAUUAAUGGUUAUAGAUAAGAACGACAAAUGGAAACCCAUUUCAUCGGAUGAGAGUGAGAAAAUAAGAUUAACCUACGAUGUGUGUUCAUUCGAUCGAAAGCAAAGAAAGUUAUUUCUAGCAAACAGUUUAAAAGAUCUGAUAGACCAAGUACAACAUAUCUUUGGACAAGAAGAUAAUUAUUUGUGCCUUGAGAUUGAUGGUACGGUAAUUGAUGAUGAUAUUUCUCUGACUGCUGUUGCUGGGCAACAAUUGAUGUCAAUGAAUGAAACAACCGGGUGGAAACCGUUGCCCCCUGGAGAGAUAACAGAGGGUUUGUCUGAAUUGAAAACUGAUGAGCAAUCCAACGACAAAAAAGAUUGUUACAAAGUAUGGUCAAAAGAUCUUCGUUAUAAGAAGAUAAUAUUUGCCAGUGAUUUAGUUGAUUUACACAUAAAAGCUGCAAGAGCUUUGUGUCUGCAACCACCUAUUGAAAUAUCUCUGUUGAAUGAUGACGUCCCAAUAUUUGAUAACCAACAACUUAUACAUCAUAGAAAGGAUAUUUUGCUAGCAAUAGAGGCUGGUGAUGCGUACAGCGUAGCUAUGACGUCAGAAUACACAGAGAUGCCGGAUGUACUCCAACAGACGCCAUACAGACGGAACAAUACGAACGACACGUACUUUUGACAAUAUCACGUGUUUUAAAU